CCCAAAUUGCGUUCACUACCUCUUGCAUGGGUGGUGAGGCCAAACAAUGGGUGUUGGCCGAGGCCAAUGCCGUGGGGUUCGAAGACAUCGGCGAAUGGGCAAAGACCUUGACGUUGAAACAGUUCUUGCCAAAGAUCAAGGACCGUUUUCUCGAUAAGACGACGACCGAUAAAGCGUUUGACCAAUUAACAUCGAUUGGUCAAAAGCAUUGGACAUCGGUCGAGGCUUUGUCCCAUGAAGUCGAUCGAUUGCUGCAGGUUCCAGGAUUGAACUUGCGGGACAGCCAAGUGCUGUACAUGUACUCCCGUGCAUUGCCUGAGCCCAUCCGGGGACACCUGGUGGCCGAGGCAAAGUCAGGUAAGUACAACUAUAGGCAAUUUUGCGACCUUGCUCUGCAAAGGGAGCAAAUGACUUCACAAGUCAAAAACUCCUAUGCAGUCGUAGUUAAGUCUGGAGGAGGAGGAGGAGGAAGGCCGUACAAUGGAAAACGAAUCCUCUGGCGACAGAAGUGCCAGGACCACACCCUUGUCGUCUUUGACGACGACACAGUGGAGAAGAGGCCAUUAAAAGAUAAGGAUAACAACAGUGACUCCGAGAAGGGGGAAGUCACUGCUGUUGUGGCUAAUAAGGGAGGACCACCUAGAAGUGGAACAGGGAAGAAACCGAGACCGUUUCCAUGGCACCCUGGCAUUGCCGACGGGAAGCCAUGGUUGAAGUCUGACGGAGCAAUGCGACAACUGGCAGACCAACAGCUCCGGCACAAACGUUGGGCGUAUCAGAACAAUGACACAAAACUAACAAUCAGAAAGGACGGGCAGCAGAUCGAAGACAGAGGGAUUCUGACGGAGGAGAAGGAGAUGAAGUCUCGAGGGAAGAUGGUCCAGGAGUCGAGCAAUGGGCAGUCACAACUUACUCUGACGGAGGAGGACAAAGAGAAGGAGUCCCGAGGGAGAGACACGGGUGGUAUCGCAUGGAGGAAAGCAGACUAUGGUCAAGGCAUACCCAAAAACUGGCAUAGUGAACCGGGACGAGAUCUAUAUGAAACACGCCAGUAACUGGGUGGUCCACGACGACACAGUCUUCAAAUCGACCAACAAUAAAGCCAAGUGGAUUGG